AUGGCAAACACGGAAGCAAACCCACCGUCGCCGUCUACAUCAAACGAAAUCUCCAGCGUCGCACUCCCACUCCGCAUACCACCAUUCUGGCGCGAUAAACCACAAUUGUGGUUCGCCGUUUUUGAAGCUGCAGUUAAUGAGCUUCAUAAAAACGAAGCCCAGAAGGCGCAGAUGGUCAUCGCCCAGCUAAAUAAGGAAGAUGUCGAGCAAAUCUGCGACCUACUUUACGCACCAUCGUCAGAGGGCUAUUACACAGUCGUUAAAGAAAAACUCAUAUCUGCAUACGAGGAAUCCGACAGCAAGCAGCUACAUAGGUUACUCUCCGACAUGGAACUCGGCGACCAGAGGCCGAGCCAGUUGCUUCGUCGUAUGAAAACGCUCGCUACGGGAAAAUUCCCCGACAAAACGCUACAGCUAAUGUGGAUGAAUCUUCUACCACCACACGUACUCGUCGUAAGCGACACAGUGGCCAAAGAUACCGCACUCGACGAUAUCGCCAAACUCGCUGAUAAGAUGGCUGUCAUUAUGUUACUAACAAAAGUUGCCCAGAACAGUCUCGACGAAGGUCUAUUAAAAUACGUAUGUCACAAGAUAACAUUUCAUACCAGGAAGCAUCCCAAAGAUUUCAUAACGUACGUAACCCAAUCCCCUUCAUCGAGGCAUACCCAUAUUCAGCACACUCAAACAUCCCCUAACAAGCAUCUAACAGGUACAACUUCACACCGAAAAACUGUAUUCCAGCCCCCAAGCUCUAGAAUCCCAUUGAGCUCCGGGUACGAUCGAUUAGCUCAUCAGGCCAUUAUUGAAAACUGUUCUUCUUCGCUUCCAAAUGGCUGCGCUCUCAGUAAUGAAAACUCGCUAAUAGAAAUCUCUCCAAAUGAUAACUUGUUAGAAACCCUCUUAAAAUUCGUUGUAAGUCUUCUAAAUAGAUUUGAAGACAUCCCAACGUUGCGCAAAAAAUCAAUCAACUUCACAAAUUUCUCACUAAUAACAACAAUAGCUCAUGAAGUAAAUUAUUUUAUAAAUAAAUUCUCUCCGUCUAUCUUUGCCAUGUCGGAGAUAUGGUUGGUGUCUGGUGCCGACUAUUGCAUAUUUGGGUACUCCUGCCUCCAGGAUAUCAGGAGGGUCGGCUAUGGAGGGAAUGCAUUGCUGGUCAGUUACUCUCUCCCUUUUAAUAAUAAGUUAAUUUACCACCCCAUAGUGACUGCAUUAACGCAGCGGCUUCCUACUUCUACUCCGUCGGCCGCUCCGUUAUUACAAUUUAGACUUCACAAGGUAAAUUGGUCAGCUUACUCUGAGACACUGGACAGUAAUGUAGAUGGCCUUCCUAAAUUAACAUCUGAAAAUGGUACCAAAGCUUAUGAUGCUUUAGUGGAAUACCUAAUUGACACCGCACAUAUAAACAUUCCAAAAAAAACUGCACCCCAAAAAAAUAUUUCCCAUGCGAACAACCGUCGUAAUUUGACUGCCAAAGAUUCCUCAAGCUGGAUUGAAGCGUUCACUGACAUCAUAGACGGAGCUUUUUCCUUUGAAGAACUUCAAAAAGCGCUUUCUGACCUUAAUGAUAAUUCUUCAGACAGACCCAUUUAUCAAAUAUCAACUCUAGUUCUUCUCUUAAAGUACCCUUCACCCAGUUCAAAUAAAUCCUUCAAUGAGGUAAUGUGUAAAAACUGGCCGCAUUGGCUCCAAGUAUUUACGGAUGCAUCCAAGAUUUCAGAUACUGAGAAUGGUGGAGUGGCAGUAUGGAUACCUACGUAUAAGAUAGUCCUGAAUUUUAAAAUACCACCACCCUCAUCAGUCUUUAUAGGUGACUCAAGCUCGCCAGUUCAUUUGGCCGACAAUAAUGUUAGGGAUAAUCCCCUAUGUGAGUGCGGCUUAUAUGAAGGAUCUGUGGAACACACACUAUUUGACUGUCUCAAACUUUUGUAUCCUCUGUAUGAUAACACAUCAUCAGAUAGUAUGUAUUCGGAAUGGAGUUCACUGCCUCUGGAAGGUGGUGGACGAGGAGUGUUGGGAGCGGUUGGGGGACGAGAUGUAGUACUGGCAGUUGUGAGGCAGCUAGCUUCUCAUGAACCUAGCCCACUCACCACUGAUGCUGAGGUAGAAUGGGUGUUGGAAGUAGUCCGUUUCGGCUUGUCACUUCCCUUGACAGAGCACGAAGCGGUACGUGCGUGUGUGCGUGUGUGCUGCGCUUGGUUAGGUGCCCUGUUACCACCGGCACCGGCAGCACAACCACCGCCACCCGCGUUACCGGAACCAGUUCGUGCUCGUCCCCACGCAUAUGCAAAGACCAUUCUCCAUCAUUUGCAGAACCUUUUUGUGCCGCGUCCAGAUGAAAGUGGUGACCUAAUUAGUAAGCAAGCAGUGCUUUGUCAUCGAGUUCUGCGCCUCGCACGCGAACUUGCUGGAAAUGCUUCACUCGACGCUAGCGAAUGGCGGGCCUUAUUACUACUAUUAUUGGCGGCAGCAGCCGCACUUUUAUCUCCACCAGCACCCCAUCAUUCUGCAGCUGAACAAUUGUGCGAGCGUGUGCUGUGUGUCCUUUUUGAAGUGUGGAUACUGGCAUGCCACAGGUGCUUCCCUUCGCCGCCACUUUGGCGUACACUACGCGAACAGUGCGUAAGGUGGCGACACAGAGCACCGCUCACAGAACAAUGGGCGCGCGCUUCUUUGUGUCUUACAGCGCGUCUUUUGCAACACAUGUAUGGACCGCAAUUCCCUGCAAUGGCCAUCAGUGAAGAGGACAGAAAUUUAGUCCCUGAAGACAUGAGUGCAGAAGCCGUCAUGCAGAGCUGGUAUCGUAUGUUGCACACUAUCGGCAAUCCGGUCGAUCUCUGCCGGCCGCACCUAAUCAGUCAGACCCCUGACUUCUUGCAGUAUCACGCUGAUAGGGCAAUAUGUAUGGGCUCUAUAGAAGCGUUCUAUAAUAGCUACGCCGACCUCUCAUCGCUGACGAGCGUCGGCGUUGAGCCGUGCGCGAAUUACUCGUACAGCGCGGAGGAAGGGCGCGAUCCUAGCCAGCAUCCGUGUUUGGCGGCACUACCGGUCAUCUUUCAUAAGGCAAUGCGAGGCAUCGCCGCCCACGUUGAUGCCUUCCUAGAAAAAGGAAGAGAUAAACUUCCUACAUUAUGUGCGAGAGAAAAAGAUGAAAGCGGCACAAAUGGCACGCAGCAUCAACGACGUUUACUGAGCGAAUACUACAAACGAACGCACUGCCCGUUAUUGGUUAAAAUGAACGCCGUGGUCGUCCGAAAACUGGUGGACAAUGAAGAAUUAAAGGCGAUUGUGGAAGCCGAUGAAACUCAAUCUACGGCUGAAUUAACAGCAGCCUUCAACGUUAGCAUCAAAACAAUAUUGUUCCAUUUGCGUCAAAUUCGCGAGUGUGCCGUGGCUGAGCGUAUAUCGGGUGUGGUUCCGGCCCCAGGGUUGGGGGCGGACCGGUGGUGGGCGUACGAGGGGUCAGGGGCGGGUAUAGGGGCGGGCACGGGAUCCCUGGGGGCGGAUGGUGAUGAGCCCGGCACGCCGCCAGCGCACCGUCGCCUCGCCAAGUCCUUCAGCGUGUCAUCCGCGAGGCCGCGCGACACCAAAACUGAACGCGGUACACCUCGUACAUCUCUUAUCGGUUUGACAAGCAGCCGACCACCGAGCGUUGUACCAACAACACCACCUAAUUCUAUUUCCUCGCAAGUUUGUGAAGCAGAGAAACCUCCGUUGACUCCAUUGCGACCGAAGGUUAAUUCGAUAUUCCAUCUGUUUGGCGAAUGGUUGUUUGAGGCGGCACUGAUCGGCACCACACCACACAUUAAUAAUCAGCAGCGCGGUGACGGGACUCCCCCACCGUCUCUAAUGUCAGAUGCAGCAUUCAAGCUUAAUAUGAUGAGUUAUCAACCAGGGCGAGCGGAAGCCUUAGGUACUUUGUGCCGCGUGCUUUGCUCUAAACAAUGUCGGGAAGAGGUUGUAGCGCCGUAUCUGGCUCGAUGCUACGCUGCUAUACAUCGAGGGUUAAGAGAACCUGCUACCGCUGCCGCCGUCGUACUUCACGCUACUGAUCUAUUCAGAUUGGAUUUAGAUGGCGUUUUAGUGCUUGUUCCUGAUUUCAUUUCGGCCUUGGAGCGUAUACUACCCGAGCGAGAGCCGAAACUCGAGUGUGCAAACAUAGAUAAGCGCGAGCUUCGCAAGGCAGCCAUCAGUGCGUUGCUAUCUAUGGUCGCCUUCCCUUAUCACUACAGGGGAUUGCCCGUACCCGAAUUCCCUGGAUGCAAUGAAUACGCGGGUCAAACCCUCGGUGAUAUCACGCGAAGCAGAUUGUCGCUUAUGUGCGUGGCGGCAGUUCAAGUGGAAUGGUCCGAUGCUCUGGCUGUGCCGCUACUGAGCGCUUUGUACUUGUGCGUACGGCACAGUGCUCAACCACGCGAUACUAACGCCGCGCCCGGAUCUACUCUCUCGCACAGCACCGACUAUAAAGCGCGUUCGGAGACGGGCAGUGCGACGGGCAGCUCUGAGGGGCAUUCACUUGAUGACUUCGCCGCUGAUGUGAGAGAGCUAGACCCAUCCUCACCAGUUUUCGGGGCGGCAUUGGUGGUACGCGCAACGUACCUGGUGUGCCACCGGCUGAUCUCGUCGUGGAAAGGCGAUCUGCAAGUAUCGCUCGCUGCCCUGGAAUUGCUUUCCGGUCUAGCCAAAUUACACUCUUCUAAACCAGAGGCGAUUGAACGCAAGCGCGCCGUACGCUGGAUAUGCGAUUACAUAGUGGUACAGUGCAGUAGACCGCCGCAGGCUCAUUCCCGCGAUCUGCAUUCGUGCGUUGUGGCGGCGUACUCUUGUUUAUCUGCAUGGCUGUGCCCCGCGUUACUGGCCGACGCUGAAUGGUUGGCUACACUCAUGGAAGUGGUCGAGCUGGGCAUCUCUGGCACAAAGAGCCAAGGUAAAUCUGGAGAACCACCCAAAAUGAAGGAUGAGAAGGAACUGAAACCCGUAUCAAUGCGUGUUCGUGAUGCUGCAGAGUCGUUACUGAUGCUCAUAUUAGAUCAGGUGGGAGUAGGGGGUGUGGAUGGCGGAGCUCGCUGGUGCCGUUUAGACGAACGUUGGCUGCGUGCGCUGGGUCACGGUCGGCUGAGGCAUUUCGUAGCAGACGGAUCCGUGCUAUUAUCACUGCUGGAGGAACCGCUCGCUAACAGUCAGGAACCGCAACCGACGCUGGUUGCUGAUGCAGCGUUUGACCUUAAAAGAGUAUAUCUACAAAUCCAGUUAUGGUUAGGAAAUGUAGAUAUUGAAAAUAUAGACAUUGCAAAGUGGGGCUGGAAGUAUUUUAAUGAUAUACUUAUCCCAAUAACAAUGAAUCAAUCACCAGCUCCAGAUUAUUGCAAAUAUUGUUUUGUAGCUGCAAAAAGGGUUGUGGAGCUGCUUGUGGAUGUCGAAAGAGUGGCUUAUACUGCAGUAUCUCACAUCGACUAUUUACAUUUAUUUUUAUGCCAUGUCUUAGUGAUCAUCCGCUGCGGCUGGGGUAGAUUCGCGUGGUCACUGAGCAGCCGCGGCGCCGCCCGCAGUGCGGGGCGGGGUGCGGGGGGAGCGUGCGCACGCCCCGUGGACAUGUUCCCCGCGCCCCGCCCCGCGCAGCCCGCCUGCCGACCGCCGUACGCGGCACCGCCCUGUGCUACUGAUUCAGCGUUCCCAAGCUUAGAGUCGGUUCUUCGUCAGCUGAACGAUCCUGAAGCGCCUACACUUUUCAAACUUCUAGAACAGCAAACGAUUAUCGAGAAACGCGUUACAGAAAGCGAAGAUAAUGUCGUGCCCGAAGAAUAUGUACCUCCAGAACCAGUGACCGAGUUUCAGACUGCUAGGCUGUUUCUAUCGCACUUCGGGUAUCUAAAUAUAGGUGGUGAUAAAAAGGGCGGUCUGCCUCGCCUUGUUGCGUUGGACGAUUCACUGCCCGGUUUCGAGGCGGGACUGAGACGUAUAGACGCGUGCGGUUGGCGCGCACCGCUCACUGUGCACGUGUUCUGCGCACGCGCCGGACAAACCACCGCCGCCGAUAUACUGGCGAACGCGCGCAGUUGUACACGCGUGCCGCCUGGCUUCAUACGUAUGCUUCGCGGGCUAGGCACGCCCGUUCGCGUGCGUGGACACGGUGGGUGGGCAGGUCGCACGUGCACUAGUUACGACGCGCGUCCACCCGUACAUGAUCCACCUACACUGGUGGGGGAGGCGGCGCCCGCGCUGUACGACGGUCGAGAUCAGGUGCUGUACUGGGCAGAUUCGACCAAUGAAAUUGCAUUUAUCGUACCUUCGGGUCGUGAGCUCGAUGACGAAAACAAAUGCGACCUCGAUGGUUCCUGCCACUCCAGAGGUUCAGAGAAAGCGGCUGGGUCGUCUUGGGACGUGUCAGGUGCUGUAUCGUAUGAACGCUCCGUGUCAGAGUCGGACAAGGGAAGCGUUGACAAGCCGCGACUCGAACUAGAUCUCGACCGUCCUCCCACGGGAUUGCCCGGUAAAUGUUUUAAGCACCGUCUGGCGAUGAACUUUCCUCCAUCGCCUAGGAUACAUCGCCGGAAGCCUACACCCACCAAAACCCCUAUGGUAUGCCCUCUGCGGGAGGAUAAAACCUGGAAAGCGAUAAAUGGUUAUCUUCCAUUGAAUUAUGACUGCGGCAGUGGAAGACGUAAUAGAGAUUUCACAACCAAAAUACUCAUCAUUUGGUUAGAAGAUUACGAAGAUCAUCUCAACUUACCCAUCGACGACAUGUUGAAGUACUGUGAGAGUGGCGUGCCGUGGCGCCGUCACGAGGUGUGCGUGAUAUGCGUGAGCCCCCGUCGCUCGGGAUUGGUGCGCGUGCGCACGUGCGCGGCGGGCUUGGACACGCCCGCCCCGCCCACGCCGGCGACGGGCGCGCUCGCCGACGGUGCGCAACUCGCGCCCCGACUGCUGCCGGACUGUCUGCGGCGCGCCGCGUUAGACCGCGCGCGACGUACUAGACACAACACCGAUCUGUACCAACCGCCGCAUGUCAGGAGACGUCACUUAAUACAGGAAUUGGCGCAACAAUAUAAAAAAGAUUUGACCGAACCGGAGCUUCUGGAAUCUCUUUUCCGCACACCAUGAAAUCGAUAUUUUAAUAGUAUUUCCAAUACCUCAGCGGAUUAAAAUAACAUAUUUUAUAUACCUAAACACCCUUUAUGUAAAUUUAUAUUGUCUCUGUCUGGCUGGCUGUCCUGUAUUUACUUGAUUUUUACCUUUUCCUGAUUCCACUUUCACUGUGACAAGUAAUUUUCUUAAUAAAGUUCCGAUAUAAAUAGAAAUCAAACGUAUGUACAUAAUUACUAUGUAAUCAUAAAUAUUAUUAUAUUAAGUAAAACAAAUUGUUUAACUUAAUUUUAAGACUGAUUUUAUUUUAUAUUAAGUUUAAUCCUAUAUAAUAUAACAUUCCCAAAUAUUCAGUUAAGCUUAAAGUUUAUUUAUAUGCUAUAAAAUAUUGUUAAUGUAUAUUUAAUAAAAAGGCUAUUUAUUUUACGAUUGUAUUAUUUUAUUAUUAUAAAAGAAGGACAUCAUCCAUUUUGGUCCAAAAAUUAAAGUGGCGCUCAAAAAAAAGCGAGUUAUUCUGAUUCUAGUGGUCUCUCUUAACAUUUCUUAUUAACGCACCAAAGCUGUAUCAUUCCUUCCUUCAUACAUUUUUGAAUUUCUUAACAUAACAUACCAAAUAUUUUUUGAAACAAUAAUGUUUUAUAUCAUGCAGACAUAACUCAAUGCAAACAAAGACACCAAAAAA